GAUUCGCUAGUGCCGGUCGCGAAACCGGCCGCGCGCGACCGUAUCCAACGCGGUUUCUAGUCGCGUCAUAAUAUUUCACACAUCUAUAUACGUUGGUACAUUUAUAUAUUUUCGCAGACGCAGCAGUUGCACUCGAGCUAUAUACGUGUGCGCGCUAUUGUGCAGCGAAUUACGGAGACGGCACAACAGUCUACCUCGUCGUUACUCUCUGGUUUGAUGCAUUGAAAGUUUUGCCGUGUAUAUAUAUAAUAUUUGAAACACCGAUCGUUCGUGUGGGUGGACAUCUUUUCGAAAUUAAAGUACCAAGAGGAUGCGCCACAACAACAGCAGCAGCACGAGUUUGUAAAAACAAAAUUGCCGAGAUGAUGUCUUGGAAUCAGAGUCACGCCUCGAUGAUGCUGUGGGACCAGCUCGGCUCGAUACUCGGCUCCUCCGGCGACUCUGCUGGCAAAGAACAGCUACCGACUCUGCACGCCGCGGUGCGCAAGGGCAAGCUCGAGCAGGUCAAGCAUCUGCUGCGCCACUGCGAGGACCCGAACGGCCGCAGCAAGUUGGACGGCGACACGCCGCUGCACGUGGCCGCGGCCCUGGGCAGCCUCGAGAUCGCCAAGAUCCUGGUGUGGAACGGGGCGCGGGUGAACGAGCGCAACGCGCGCCGACUCACCCCUCUGCACUACGCGCUGUUCCGGGCGGCGAGCGAGGAGCUCGUCUGGUUUCUGCUGGAGAGCGGCGCCAGUUUGAGAAGCGGCGAGGACGACGACCUUGACUGUCAGGACCCGGAGAGGCACGCGAUGACUCGGCCGGAUAGGACACCAGCCGAGGCCAUGGACCACCUGCUGUUCUGCGAGAUCGCCAGCGUCAACGAUGGGCUGAAUCAGGCCUGCGACAAGCAGCUGCUGCUGCACAGAUGCCUGGCCAGCGGCAAGCCUCGACUCGUGAAGCUGCUGAUCGGCCUCGGGGCCGAGGUCAAUCUCCGUGACCAGCACGGCCUCGACCUGUUGCGGGUCUACUUCGAUCGCAUGGAGAACGGCGUGGAGAUACCCACGGAGCUGGACGAGCAGGUGCUCGGCUUGAUCAUCGACCACGACGCCGACGUGAACUCGCGACCGCAGCCGCUCACGGUGCUGAGGCUCGCCUCGGGCGUCUACGAGCUCUGCCGGAUGCGCGGACUGCCCGCCGAGGGCCGCAGGAUCCUCGAUGCGAUACUGCGCGAGAUCGCCCGACUGGACGGUCUGGGUACGCCGCCCCUGGCCAAGGACCUGGCCAUGAUCGAGAACAAGCCGCCCUUCCGGGACUUCUAUCGGCGCUGCGGCCUCGAGCUCGAGCUCAUGCGGGGUCGACAGUUCUACGGCAGCGUCACGUUCUUCGAUCUGCUGACGCGCGACUUCGCCCGCAGGCUGGGCUACGUGCACAACGAGGAUCUGUUGAGGGCGCUGAGGAACACCGAGCAGCAGCGGAGCAUGAUCGAGCGGACGUUCCCCAUCUACGCCAAGCCCAUCCAGCUGAGGAUUCGGCGACUGCUGCUGAGGCACGACUUGAUGAGCGCCGCCACGAGGAUCUUGAUGCAGAUCGUGAGGCACAGGCUGCCGCUGGACGUGGUGAUGUACAAGAUAAUGCCGCACUUCACCACCUGGGAUAUGUUCAAUUUGACGCACUGCAACGAGCAGCCCAUGUGUCUGAGCUUCAUAAAAGACUCGUGUUAAACCACGACGACGACGACGACGAAUCUUUUGGGAUCGAUUUCUUUUUUUUCACGCACUUUUACAAUGAGAAAUCAACAAUUGUUCACAGCAAAUCCUUGUGUCGCGUUAUAAAUGUAAAUUGCUUGUUCACAGAUUUGUUGUUGAAAUGUUUUUAGAUAAAUUUGGGUAAGUCUAGUGUACGAAUGGAAAAUGUCAAUCGAGUGAAAUAUAAAAUGCUCGUUCACAGAUUUGUUGCUGAAAUGUCUUUAGAUAAAUUUGGGUAAGUCGAGUGUACAAAUGGAAAAUGUGCAUCAAGUGUAAUGUAUAACUGUAAAUGUACGUAAGCAAAUAAAUAAUUAUUUUCGACUA